AUGUAUAAAUAUGAAAAUCUUUUUUUUUUAUUGUUUCGUAAAAAAUAUGGAUUUAAUAAAUUGAGAAAAAUAUAUUUCCAUUCAACAAAUGAAUAUUAUAACAACUUGAAUGACAUAAAAAAAGAAAAAGGUAUAUUUGAAAAGCUAGUAUGUAUAGGAAAUUAUAAUGUAGAAAAUUUUUGUUUGGAUAGAGAAUUAUAUGAGAAAUAUAGAGAAUGUAUAAAAAAUGAUUAUGAGAAAAUACGAAAGAAAUUAAAAGAAAAAAAAGAGAAUGAAUACAAUUUAUAUAGUAAAGAUAUAGAACAUAAUGAAAUUAAUAAUUGUAAUAAUAAUAUCAAUAUAUAUGAAUCAUAUCUAUAUGAUAUGAUACAAAAUAAUGAUUAUAAAGAUAUACUUAUAAGUGAUGUUAUAUAUGAAAAUGGGAAAAAUAUUUUAUGUAUAGGAGAAGCAAAUUUAUCUUUUAGUUUAUUAUUACAAAAAAAUUUGAACUCAUGUAAAGUUGUUUCAACAUCUAUGGAAGAUGAAUCAAUGUUAAUAAAAAAAUUUGGGAAAAAAUAUUUUUCAAAAAAUUUAAAAUUAUUAGAAAAUUCGGGUGGUAUAUAUAUACCCAAUAUAAAUGUAGAAAAUUUAUCGAGCCAUUUUUUAAAAAAUACAUUUGAUAUUAUAAUAUUUAAUUUCCCUUUUGUAUUACCUACAAAAGAAUGUAUAGAAAAAAAAUGGAAUAUAAAAUUAGAAAGGGAAGAAAUAUGUACUGAUCAUUUAAAAAAAAAAAAAAACAACAGCAACAAUAAUAAUGACAACGAUAAUAAUAAAAAUAAUAAAAAUAAUGAUAAUGUUUAUAUAAAAUAUUAUAAAAAAACAGAAUAUUUUCUAUUAAAUAAAUUAAUUUAUCAUUUAUUUAAAUGUGCAUCCCAUUUAUUAAAAAAUAAAGGAUUUUUACAUAUACGAUUAAAUGAUAAAUAUUUAACUUGCUCAUUUCCAAAAAAUAUGUCCUUAUCCUUUCUAGAAAAAAUCGAUUUCUCUAAUUCUUAUAUUAUCUAUAAAUCGUUGAAAUAUACACCAUCGCUUUUUGAUUGCUCAUUCUUAAAUUGUGAAGAUAAGAAAAACAAAAAAAAAACCAAAAAUAAUGUUAUCUUUACAUCUAGUGGAAAAAAAAUAUUCAAGAGUUUUAAAAUGAAGCACACAUCAACAUUAAUUUUUCAAAAAAUUUAA